AUGUUUAUUCCAUUGAAGGCAACCGGAAGUGAUCGAAUACUUGGGCUGUGUAUAGUUGCGACGGCUGGGCUUCUCUUUGCUUACUAUACUAUAUGGGUUAUUUUCUUGCCAUUUGUAGAUGCUGAUCAUGUGAUUCAUAAUUUGUUUCUACCAAGAGUAUAUGCCAUCACCAUACCUAUUGUCGCAGGGGUCAUUGCACUUGGGUGUCUAGGUGUGUUUGUUGGUUUACUUGCAGCUGGUAAAAAGAAACAGAAUUAAAAUUGAAAACUAGAUUUGGAAUAGACAAUACCUGUUUACUUCAAGCAGUGAGAAAAAGAGUACUUGCCAAAGUUUUUCUCAGAAAUUCUUUUGUUUUUACUCAAGCAAAUCCUCACUAUGUUUACUAGUACCUUGUAAAGAAUAUGGCCUAGUGUUCAUGAUUGUGAGUUUUUUUGUGAUGCCAAUGCUUUGAAAUAAUGACACUUCAAGACAGUUCAGGACUAGUGUUCAUCUAGAGUGAUUACUUUGUUUUUAUACAUUUUCAAAAUGUGUUAAAAUGAGGUCUCAAUUACAUGUAAACCCUAUGGACAACAAUGUAAUAACAUGAAAAGAAUGUAUAUUUUACACUAGUAGCCAAUAACCUUGUACCCCAAAAAUUAAAGUGGCUUCAGUUUUUUAAUUUUAUCAUUACCAAAUAACUACAAUGAUACUGUCAACACUUAAAGCAGGAGGGUAGUCACCUGUGCACACGCAGGAAUUGAGUCCCAAGCGAUGAUGACAACACAUGCUAAAACGCAAAGGCUCAUGGGUAGACGCUUGUUUGUAAACAAUGAUACGCUAUGGCCAUCUGACGCAUGCACAGGUGACGUGUUACCAUUAGCUCCUUCAUUCUAAAACCAAAUUUGUUCUAACUGAAACUCCAUACUAGCAAACUAAGGCUAAAACGGUUUGAAAUUAAAGCGUGUAUAAAAUUGUUUUGAGAAUUGCAUUGCUGUCUGUGAACCACGCCCUGAUAACAAUUCUAAUUGUGGCGUGAAACCUAAACAGAAUAGUGUAUCCCAGUGUUCACAGAUAUUUUCUAUUACACAAGCAAAUCUCAGAAUGCAUUGAA